AGUAUAUUCCUAAAAGACAUGUUUAGUUUAUAUGUUGGCAACACUAAUUUUUCAAUUCAUGGGGUAUGUCAUUAUCGAAAUGCACGUGCCUGCGUAUUGAUAUAGGAUUUCAAUAAAAAUUGUAUCGUUGAUCCGAUUUAAAUAAGAAAUUGAUAUUUUUUAUGGGAUACUUGUUGAAAAAAUAUAUCAUGAACAAUAUAUCUAGUUGAAACACUACAACCUGUGUUUAAAACAUUUUGAAAUACUAAAAAGUAAAAAUUAUAUAUUUUUAUAAUUUAUGAGAAUUGAUUUAAACAUUGCAAUAAGAUCGUUACAAUAUCAAUAGCUGUAAUAUUCCACAGCCUAUUUAAUAAAAAUAAAUAGACAGAAAAUUCCUAUAUUUGUUACAGAGUUUCAAUUGUAAAACAUCUAGAGUAGUAUGUCUUUCCCAAGUAAAGAGGAUCGUACAAAGUGUUGGAAUCAUAGGGAUGAAUAUUGGAAAUGUCUCGAUGAGGGUAAAUCUGAUACAGAAUGUAAGAAAUUUAGAGAUCAGUAUGAGAAAUUCUGUCCUGCACUAUGGGUAAAACACUUUGAUCGUAAACGAGAGUACAUGAAAUUCAAAGAACAACUAGAACAAGGGGGGACAUGCAGCCUUGAUGGUAGUAAAUCAGAAACAUCUAAUACACCUGCUCAAGUUUCUACAAAAGCAGUAUUUAAUUUUCAAACAACAAAUACGAGUUCAUAUAACUAGGGAACAAAAAAUGUUGAAGUAACAUAUAAAGAAUACAAUGUAACAAUCAUAUUAAUAUUUGUGUUUUUGAAUUUUAAUAACAAAAUGUGUGUGGAAAAU